CGUUUUGCAGAUCUCAUCACUGCAAAUCUGUAAAUUUUCCUUGAAAAUUGAAAUACCUGGAAUUCAGAUCCGGAGAGGAACAGAGAAAUGGACAAUGGCGACAUCGAAGGUGGUCCGGAGGACAAUUUCCACGCGCCGAUAGGUCGCAAGUACCGCCCCGUCGUUGACAAUGAUAGCGCCGUGCUCGAGAUGUCUUCAAUCGAUCCUUCUGGUUCUUCUUCGUCCUCUUCUGCUCUUCCCCUUCCCCAAGCUCCUCUCAAGAAAGUUAAAGUGAGCUCACAGGAAAACAUGGAUUCCACUGUAAAUGAGGAAAUGAAUGGACCACAAAGAGAAUCCAAGCUGGAAUUGUUUGGUUUUGAUUCUCUUGUCAACAUUCUUGGUCUUAAGAGUAUGACAGAGGAGCAUUCUGCCGAACCUUCUAGUCCUAGAGAUGGUGAAAAUAUUUCCAUCACCCAUGGGCGUCCAAAGACUUCGGACAUCAAGUUGGGUACGAUGAUGGGUGUAUUUGUUCCAUGCUUACAGAAUAUAUUGGGAAUUAUCUACUAUAUUCGAUUUUCUUGGAUUGUUGGUAUGGCUGGUAUAGGACAGUCUUUGUUGUUAGUAGCAAUUUGUGGCUUGUGUACUUUUCUAACUGGAAUCUCAUUAAGUGCUAUUGCAACCAAUGGUGCUAUGAAGGGUGGGGGACCAUAUUAUCUAAUUGGUCGCGCACUUGGUCCAGAAGUUGGAGUUAGCAUUGGACUAUGUUUCUUCCUUGGAAAUGCAGUUGCCGGAGCUCUCUAUGUCUUGGGAGCUGUAGAGACUUUUUUGAAAGCUGUCCCAGCUGCUGGAAUUUUUAGAGAGACUAUCACCAGAGUUAAUGUCACAGUAGUUGCAGAACCUAUACAAAGUCCAAGCUCACAUGAUUUGCAAAUUUAUGGGAUCGUUGUGACUAUCCUCCUCUGCUUUAUUGUGUUUGGUGGUGUGAAAAUGAUCAAUCGAGUUGCGCCUGCUUUCCUUAUACCUGUUCUAUUCUCACUGUUUUGCAUAUAUAUUGGAAUUGCUGCGGCAGGGAAGGACCAUCCUGCAACUGGAAUAACGGGCUUGAGUCUGGAAUCUUUUAAAGAAAACUGGAGUUCAGAUUACCAGAAUACUAACAAUGCUGGAAUUCCUGAUCCUGAUGGGGAAGUAUCAUGGAGUUUCAAUGCGAUGGUCGGGCUCUUUUUCCCUGCUGUAACAGGAAUCAUGGCAGGUUCAAAUCGAUCAGCCUCACUGAAAGAUACUCAACGUUCAAUUCCCAUUGGAACACUUUCUGCAACUCUUACAACUACUGCAAUGUAUCUAGUUUCCGUUUUGUUAUUUGGUGCCCUAGCAACCAGAGAGAAGCUUUUGACUGACAGGCUGCUCACAGCUACAGUAGCUUGGCCUUUCCCUGCAAUUAUUUAUAUUGGAAUUAUUCUUUCAACUUUAGGUGCUGCUCUUCAGAGCCUGACUGGUGCCCCUCGCCUGCUUGCAGCAAUUGCCAAUGAUGAUAUCCUACCUGUACUUAACUACUUUAAAGUUUCUGAAGGGAAUGAGCCUCACAUUGCUACCCUGUUUACUGCAUUUCUCUGCAUCGGGUGUGUCAUAAUUGGGAAUCUGGAUCUUAUCACGCCGACCAUAACUAUGUUUUUCCUUCUAUGUUAUUGUGGUGUCAACUUAUCUUGCUUCCUCCUCGAUCUUUUAGAUGCUCCUAGCUGGCGUCCUCGGUGGAAAUUUCACCACUGGAGCCUCUCUCUUCUUGGAGCUUCGCUUUGCAUUGUUAUUAUGUUCUUGAUCUCUUGGUCAUUCACUGUCGUAUCUCUAGCUCUUGCUAGCCUUAUAUAUUAUUAUGUGAGUAUUAAAGGAAAGGCUGGGGACUGGGGUGAUGGUUUCAAGAGUGCUUAUUUCCAACUAGCUCUACGCAGUCUUCGAUCACUUGGAGCAAACCAUGUGCACCCGAAGAAUUGGUACCCCAUCCCCCUGAUAUUCUGUCGUCCAUGGGGGAAGCUUCCAGAAAAUGUUCCCUGCCAUCCAAAACUAGCUGACUUUGCCAACUGCAUGAAGAAAAAGGGCAGGGGAAUGUCCAUCUUUGUGUCUAUACUUGAUGGAGACUACCAUGAGUGUGCUGAAGAUGCCAAGGAAGCCUGCAAACAGCUCGGUACUUACAUUGACUACAAGCGUUGUGAAGGAGUAGCUGAGAUAGUUGUAGCCCCCAAUAUGUCCGAAGGCUUCCGUGGCAUUGUCCAGACAAUGGGUCUCGGAAAUCUCAAGCCAAACAUUGUGGUGAUGCGGUACCCUGAAAUAUGGCGUCGUGAAAACUUAACUGAAAUUCCUGCUACUUUUGUCGGGAUAAUUAAUGAUUGCAUCGUCGCAAACAAGGCAGUUGUUAUUGUCAAGGGUCUUGAUGAAUGGCCCAAUGAGUACCAGAGGCAGUAUGGAACAAUUGAUUUGUACUGGAUAGUGAGAGACGGUGGUCUCAUGCUUCUCCUUUCUCAACUACUACUCACCAAGGAGAGCUUUGAAAGCUGUAAGAUUCAAGUCUUCUGCAUUGCAGAGGAAGAUGUUGAUGCGGAAGCGCUCAAGGCUGAUGUUAAGAAGUUUUUGUACGAUCUUCGGAUGCAAGCUGAAGUGAUUGUCAUUAAUAUGAAAUCAUGGGAUGCACAAGCAGAGGGUGGUUCUCAUCAAGACGAAUCUAUAGAAGCAUUCACUGGAGCGCAGCAGCGGAUUGCUAAUUACUUGGCGGAUAUGAAGUCAAGGGCUGAGAGAGAAGGAACCCAACUGAUGGCCGAUGGAAAGCCUGUGGUUGUGAAUGAGCAGCAAGUGGAGAAGUUCCUUUACACGACACUGAAACUGAAUUCAACGAUACUAAGAUACUCGAGAAUGGCUGCAGUAGUCCUAGUGAGCCUACCACCGCCUCCGGUGAACCACCCGGCAUACUUUUACAUGGAGUACAUGGAUUUGUUGGUGGAGAAUGUGCCGAGGCUUCUUAUUGUAAGAGGGUACCGAAGAGAUGUCGUAACUCUAUUCACAUAAUAUUCAGUGGGAUUUUCCAUUUGGAAGGUAAGAACUAUUUUUUUGAAGUUUGUUCAUAUGAUUAUGAUUUUUUCUCACCCCUCUAAUGUAUGUUUUGUUUUAGUUUCAAAUUUCAAUGUUAAAUUCAUUCUUUUUACAGACUUUAUUACUGAAGCAGAAUUUUGCGCUUUUGUUAUUAGUUUUGUAGAAAUUUUGUAAUUUCAUCCUCCUCGGAUGUGUUCUUUUAUGAGUUAUACUGUCGUUCACUUCAGAAUCAAUUUUAAGUUGGGCCGUGCCAUGUUUUGGGAUCGCUUACUAAAAAUUGGAGAUAAACAAUAGGAAAACCACAAUCCUUAUAAAGAAUCGGAUCCGCCAGUAAAUACAAAUGGAAUGCUCAAGGUGCUCAAGGGGAAGAAGAAUAUACUGAGUUUCAAAACCAAACAUUUAAGAAGGUAAAUCAAAGAUCUAACGAAAAACAUGGAUUGUUGAUAAAUUCUCUACAGUCUAACAGAUAAAUUUGAUAUAUCCCCAGCGUCACGCAAAACACCGUCAAAACGCAAAUGAAGCGGAUUGAAAAUAGAAACCAACACUAAGAAAUGAAGCAAACACAAACAAAAUGGAAAUAAAAAAAAAAUCUCU